AUGACUUCUCGUGCGCCCAAUCCUUCAACUGGGUCGCGGAAGAUCUCGUUCAAUGUGUCCGAGCAGUAUGAUAUUCAAGAUGUCGUUGGAGAGGGAGCUUAUGGUGUCGUCUGUUCUGCCCUCCAUAAGCCUUCCGGACAAAAGGUUGCCAUUAAAAAGAUCACACCCUUUGAUCAUUCCAUGUUCUGCCUACGAACCCUGCGUGAGAUGAAGCUACUGCGGUAUUUCAAUCAUGAAAACAUCAUCUCGAUUCUCGACAUCCAAAAACCUCGCAGCUACGAAACUUUCACCGAAGUGUAUCUGAUCCAAGAGCUGAUGGAAACCGAUAUGCACCGCGUUAUCAGAACCCAGGACUUAUCUGAUGACCACUGCCAAUACUUUAUCUACCAAACUCUCCGCGCCCUCAAGGCUAUGCACUCUGCCAAUGUCCUCCAUCGUGAUUUGAAGCCCUCAAAUUUGCUCCUAAAUGCCAAUUGCGAUCUGAAGGUCUGCGAUUUCGGUCUUGCGCGAUCUGCUGCUUCUCAAGAGGAUAACUCCGGUUUCAUGACGGAAUACGUAGCAACUCGCUGGUAUCGUGCGCCUGAGAUCAUGUUGACGUUCAAGGAGUACACAAAGGCGAUUGACGUCUGGUCCGUUGGGUGCAUUUUGGCGGAGAUGCUGAGCGGCAAACCCUUAUUCCCUGGAAAGGACUAUCAUCAUCAACUCACUCUUAUCCUCGAUGUUCUUGGCACACCAACCAUGGAAGAUUAUUAUGGUAUCAAGUCCCGCCGGGCCCGCGAAUACAUCCGCUCUCUUCCCUUCAAGAAGAAGGUACCACUACGAUCAUUGUUCCCCAAGACCUCCGACUUGGCACUUGAUCUCCUCGAGAAGCUGUUGGCAUUCAACCCGGUCAAGCGCAUCACUGUCGAGGAGGCCCUCCAACAUCCUUACCUCGAGCCAUAUCAUGACCCAGAGGACGAGCCAACGGCCGCCCCAAUCCCAGAAGAGUUUUUUGAUUUCGACAAGAACAAGGAUAACCUCAGCAAGGAGCAACUUAAGGAGUUGAUUUAUCAGGAAAUCAUGCGAUAA